AUGCGAACCCCUGAACCGCCCGACCGCGACAAACAAGAAGCUUCGCCACCGCGACUGGCAAGACCGAAACGCAUCACCAGACCACCCAGAAUCUAUGCUCAAGAACAAGAAAUCGACAAUGAACAGAGGCAGACGCGAUCUCAGCAAAAGAAGAGAACUGGACCCGAAUCUCAGCCUGAUAGGGCAACUUCGGAUGACUCUGCGACCGAGAGCGACAACCUCGAUGUGAACGAUUUGGUGAAAGAGAUCGCCAAACUCAGGACAGAAAUCAGACUACGAGACGAGUUGCACAAGGAAGAACUACAAAAAGCCAAAGCAGAGUUCGGUGCUGCCCUCGCCGGGGUCCGGCACGAGCUACAGAACCUGACAGACAGGACCCCGACAUCGCAGUGCAACUCCGAAGCGUGCGCCCAGACAGGUCACGAUGAAAUCCUCCGAGAAAUCCAAUCCCUACGUGAAGAAAUCAGCGCUCCCGCUUUCACAGGUUCCCCGUCCUAUGCCGAUGUCGCCCGCACUCCCCCGCUCAGCUACCCGAGUAAUAUACGGAGCCUCUCGACAUCGAACACAACACCAACCACGCUCACCGACACACUCUAUUGCACAAUCGACACCUCCAGGAUGGCAGAGAACGAAAACGAGAGGAUGUCUGCGGGCUCUAUCCGGGCGGCAGUCGAGACAGAGAUCCGAGCGACGGCAGACCACACGCACUGGCGCUGUCGCGCCGUCACUGUGGACCCGAAGAACACGAACCGGAUCAGAAUAGCGUGCCGCGACGAAGCCGAGCACCAGCUGAUCAAGAAAGUGGCGGAAUCCCAAAUCGGUGCAGGGGCACGGGUGCUUCGGGAUGAGCUUUACCCUAUCAAAGUUGACAGCGUUAACAAAGCCGCAGUUCUGGAUGAAAAAGAUGAGAUCCGUGCCGGAGCAGCAGCCGCCUUCAGCGAGGAGAACGAAGCCACCGUUGCGAAAAUCGCAUGGCUUACCAAGAGGGAGAGCGCAAAAGCAUAUGGGUCAAUGGUCGUCUACCUUACUAAAGGUAGUGACGCACGGAGACUGCUAGCCGACGGGUUCUUCCAUGCUGGGGGAGAAUCCGGCGUGACCAGCACCUUCGAGCAUCGACCACGACCGAUGCAAUGCUAUAAGUGCCAGGAGAUUGGGCACAAGGCUUUUCAGUGCAAGAAUGCCCAGAGAUGCGCAAAUGCGUUCCAUGCGGGGGCCCUUAUGAAUCGUUCAGCAGAAACUGUCGGAAGCUCUAUCCGCCACGCAAUGAAUAAAACGCUCCGAGUCAUGCAACUGAACGUGAGGAAACAGGGUGAAGUGUAUGAAAGCCUUAUGAACGACCAAGAUACCGCAAACGCAGUGGCACUAGCGAUCCAGGAACCCCAGGCGAGGAGGAUUCAAGGCCGGCUCUUGACCACCCCGAUGGGACAUCAUAAAUGGACUAAGAUGGUCCCCUCCACGUGGAGAGAAGGGAGAUGGGCGGUUCGAAGUAUGCUGUGGGUAAAUAAAGAUGUGGAAGCGGAGCAAGUACAGAUCGAGUCGCCGGACCUAACAGCGGCUGUGAUUCGGCUUCCUGAGCGACGGAUUUUGAUAGCAUCGGUGUAUGUGGAAGGAGGCAAUGCCGCUGCGUUGAACGACACUUGCGAUCACCUCAGAAAAGCGAUCACCAAAGUACGGCGAGACUCAGGAACGGUGGUGGAGAUCAUGAUCAUGGGGGGACUUUAA